UUUUUGUAACCAGAUCUAACUUCUCUCAUAACUUGACAGUAAGUUCUUAAAGCUGUGUAGAGUUGAGUCAUAAAACUUAAUUAAAUCAAAAAAACAUGUCGAACGAGGUUGAGGAAACGAUGAAAAGGAUACAAUCGCAUAAAGGUGUUAUUGGGACUGUAGUUGUCAAUUCAGAAGGUAUACCAAUAAAGUCAACGUUGGAUAACACAAUGACUGUGCAGUACGCUGGUUUAUUGAGUUCUUUAGUAGAUAAAGCUAGAAGUGUGGUUAGGGAUUUAGAUGCAGCCAAUGAUUUAACAUUUUUGAGAAUUAGGUCCAAGAAACACGAGAUUAUGGUUGCCCCUGAUAAGGAAUUUAUUUUGAUUGUUAUACAGAACCCUUCGGAGUAAAAUAAUUGGCAUAGUUAUUAAGAAAUAUUAUUGUUAAUUUAUUUUUAUAUUUACUAAAAAAAGAUAAUUUGGUUUUAUGCACACUUUUUCCUUAUGUUAUUGAAAUAAAACUGCUUAUUUGUAUUUAAUAUCGAUAA